UCUCUUUAUAUGUAUGUUUUUGCAACUGUACUUUCUCUCUCUAACAUUUUCUCUCUCUCGCGAAUUCUCUCUCUAAACAAAAUCCAAUCCUCCAUCCUUGAACAACAACGAGCAAAAAUUGACAGCGUCCUCUGUCUCCAUCAAUCGAUCCGUUACAGUGUUACAGAAAUCAGACUUGAAGUUGAGGCCAUGUCUUUUUCCAGAUCGAAAUCGAAAGACAAAAAGGCUGGGAAGGAACCUCAGAAGGGUUCUUCAAAGCCUUCAGGUCAUACUAAUACCAGCGGAGGGAUCCCUGCAAGUGGAUAUAAUCCUUUUCUCGGAACAUUCCAUACAUUAGAGCCGGCACCAGUUCCUUCCGCCAGUCCGCUGCUUGCGAAUGGUCGUUUCGGUAAAAUAGAUGAUACAGAUGAUCACAACGGAAUCGAGUGUGAUUCUGUUUCCAAUAAUGGCAGCUGGUCUGGCGAGUCGGAAGACCUCAAAGAAAAAACAUCUCAACCCCCAUCUCGCCAGGAAUCCGUGCCAGGAGCUGACAAUGACAAGAGAGAAAAAGUACGCCAGAAGAAUGAGAGAAAACACCAGCGGCAAAAGGAGAGGCGAGCUCAAGAACUUCAUGAGCGAUGCAGAGGCUAUCUCAUGUCGAGAAAGCUAGAAGCACUUUCUCAACAACUAGUGGCCAUGGGUUUCACCCAAGAACGGGCGACAAUGGCACUUAUGCUGAACGAAGGCCGAGUAGAACAAUCAGUAGCCUGGCUUUUUGAAGGAAAUGAAGAAGACAAGCGCAUCGAACGUAAUCUUGAAGGUGGUGGAAAUCUAAAAAUCGACAUAUCAGAAGAGCUUUUGCGGAUUACAGACAUGGAAAUAAGGUACAAGGCCUCCAAGCAGGAGGUUGAAAGAGCUAUAGUUUCCUGUGAGGGCGAUCUCGAGCAGGCUGAAGAAACGUUGAAGUCGCAGAAGCAAGAGCCUCCCAAGCUGGAAGAAACUGGCGAUCCUCCGAAUGCAGCCAAUGGAAAGCAACCAAUGGCCAUAAUUCAGAAUGCAACGAGGGUGCAAACAAAAGCCACCCCAUCUGCUAUUAUACAACCGAAAAGGGAUGAAAGGGAUUUCAAUUAUACCAAAGUUCCGGUAACAGUAGGGCCUUCUGUGGAUCUUGGGACAAAAAAUAUUCAGCCAUUGAAGAAAGUACCGUCCAAACCGCAGCAGAGCACUGUGCUUGCAGAUAAAAGGGGGCCAAGUUCAGCAUCUUACCCGCCCGUUUCUUCUUCAUUAGCACCACCUGUGCAGGUUUCUUCUUCGCAUCCCCCAGCCACUCGUUUUCUGUCUGUUGGAAAUGAAUUGAAGAACUUGCAGCUCGGAUCAGUGAGAGAACCAGUCACUGUUAUGCAGCGGCCUCAAUCCAUUAACGCGAAGCAAGUUGCUAAUCCUAGCUCAAGUGUUAGCCCAUCUCCGCCUCCUCCUCCCCCUCCUCAGGCGGCAAUGAGCUGGUACCCUAGUAGUGUGGAUUCAAUGAAGUCCAGUGUGUUGGUGCCACCUGUCACCGUCUCUACAAGCCUUAGCCCCAUCAACAUCAAUCCAAAUCCAAAUGCAAAUCCAAAUCCAAUGUACAGCCCAUUCCAUUACCAACCACAGCAGCAGUUUGUGCCCAAUAGUAGUAGCAGCUCGGUGGUGGAUUCUCAGGGAACCACCAUAAGGGGGAGCGGUUUGUGGAGCAGAGGUGGUACAUCGCCGCCACUUUGUGUGGCUUCUUCACUUGGGCUUUUCUCCGGGCUGGGUUCUUCUGGUUCUUCAUCUCCGGUGGACUGGAACACAGGCAGCUCGAUGCUGGAGUUCGAUUACACCAACAUAGACUGGAGCUUGGACGCUGGCGGUUCGACGUUAAGGCCCAGUGGCUUGUGGGGUGGUGGUGGUGCUUCGAGCUACUCUUUGCAGAGCAACGCCCGUUCGUAUGAUUCGUUUGGUUAUGGUUCGAUGGGUUUGAUGUCAGGAAUGAGACCGGUUCUGUCCAAUGGGGGUGGUGUUUCGAUUCCAGGGUUGCAGGAGGGAGGAGUGGGUGUGGAACCGACUGGCGGUGGUUCGAGGGAAUGGACUUCUGCUUUUGAAGAGAGGGAUCUUUUCAGUUUACCCAGACAGUUUGUUUCCUCCCCUUCUCUCUGAGACGGGGAGGCGAUUUUUUUUUUAGAAUAAAGAAAGAAAGAAAUUAAAAAAAAGACCAGAUAUAUGAUUUGGAUAUGGUUUCCCUUAUUAUGAUGCUUUCUUCCCCAUGUUGAUGUUGUGAAUUGCCAAAUCUUAGUGGAAAAAAGCAUUGGAAUUGCUGACGUUUAUAA